GGUCCGGCGCCCGCCGCUCCGCCUGAGGGCCCGAGACCUGUCACUCCAUCUGGGGGUUCGGCGCCCGCCGCUCCGCCUGAGGGCCCGAGACAUGUAGUUCCCCCUGGGGGUCCGGGCGCCCGCCGCCGCCCCGCUGGGGGCCCGAGGCCCGUCGCCCCGCCAGGGGCCCGAGGCCCGUCGCCCCGCCAGGGGGCCCGAGGCCUGUCGCCCCGGCCAGGGGGGCCCGGUGCCUGUCGCCCCGCCCCGGGGGCCCGGUGCCUGUCGCCCCGCCCGGGGGGUCCCGGUGCCUGUCGCCCCGCCCGGGGCCCGGUGCCUGUCGCCCGAUGUGCCUCUGCCCCGCCCGGUGUGCCUCUGCCCGAGUCCAGCCCGGUGUGCCUCUGCCCGGAGUCCAGCCCGGUGUGCCUCUGCCCGGAGUCCAGCCCGAUGUGCCUCUGCCCGGAGUCCAGCCCGAUGUGCCUCUGCCCGGUGUACCCGCUGCCCGGAGUCCUGCCCGGU